AUGUCUUGUCAGGCUAAAGCCCACAAUAACAGACCGUUUUCUAUCGACCGGUCCAAGUGGCCAGAGGGAGGUCAGCGGCUCUCAACGGCCAUCUUCCCUUUCUUCUUCUUCUUCUUCUUCUUCUUUAAUGAUUCUUUCUUUCAUCCGUCUUUACCUCCUUUAUAUAUUUCUAUUUCCCUUCUAUCUUACUUCUUAUUUUUAACCUUUCCUUAUUUUUCCUCUUCUUCGUCUUUUCUUUAUUCUUCAUUGUCUUUUCAUUCUUUGUUAUCCCCUCUUUCUCUCUUUUUUGUUUCUUUCUUCUCUCUUUGUCUCUCUCUAUUUGCCUUUCGCUUUCCAUCGUUAUAUCUCUCUUUCGUUCUUCUUAUAAUUCUCUGUUUCUUCCUUUUUCUCUCUCUUUUCUCCUCUUUCUCUUUCACUCUUUCUGUUGUAUUCUCUUUCUCUCGUUAUCUUUCUCAUUGUCUCUUAUUAUACCACGCUUUCACUUUCUUUCUUUUGCUCUUUCUCCCUCUCUUUCACUCUUUCUUACCUAACGUCUUUACUUUUACCUAUCUUUGUUUAUUUCUGAUUUUCUUUCUUUCACUAUCUUUGUCUUGUUAUGCUAUUCCCUCUCAAUUUCUCCUUUUUAUUUCUUAUUCUCUCAAUCUCUCAUCACUUCUCUCUUUUUAUCUCUCUCUCUCUCUCUAUCAAUAUCUCCCUCUCUCUCUCUCUCUCUCUCUCUCUCUCUCUCUUUCACUCUGUUUAGGAUCAGACAUUCCCACUAAAUAUAAGCACUUAAAGUCUUCUCCGCUACCAAUCGGCCCUCCCCAUCCACCGAUAUCUCACCGGUUAGUCCGACAUCCCGUUGGACACGAGCCAACUCCAGAUAAUCUGUCUGAUACAUUGUCACACACAUAUAACGACUGGACAACGUUUGAUUGUUGGACAUGGAAUAUUAAUUGUGGUCGGGAUUUUCACCUUCGCUAUUCGUUCACGAUUGCCACCCCUGCAUCGCCUCCUUUUCCUAUUUCCUUUGUAGCGCCCCUCAUCUCCUUAGUCGUCCUCCACAUUCUCUCUCUAACCCCAGCUGUCCCAGCUCCUUCUACUUCAAGGGAUACCCAAUGGCGAGAAACUGGGAUUUGGCACAGGGCACUUGUGUCGAACGGAAGUGGGUGA